UUUUCCAUGAACCAAUAGUUCUGAUUAUAAGUCCCAUACAGGAGGCUGAAAUGGACUGUCCAGGGAGCGAGGCCACGCCCUGGAGAGGGCAGGCAGGAAGGGCCUGCCUGAGGAAUGACGUGGAAGUUGAGGAGGGGGCUCUGGGUGCAGGAGCCCUGAGACGGGACCAGAGGAGCAGAACAGGGAGGCACAGGAUAGUGGUGUGGGGUGGGGGGUGUAAGGCUGGGACAAUUGUCAGGGUCACUUCCUGCCUUGUUCUGAUUCUGUUACGAGGUUUGAGAAGCCACUCAAGGGUGUUCAGCAGAGGGGAGAGAGUUUCAGGUUUCCGUAUGAGAAACAAAUGAAAGUAAGGUGAGAGAAAAGUGGACUGAAACCACCCCAGAGCUAAGGUUCCAACCCGCGUGCAUGGGGUAACAUUUAACUUUUGUACCCUGUAGCUGCCAUAGCAUUUGCUUGCGGUCUUUCUAAAUAAAACUAUCUGAAAAUGGAAUACUGAAGUUAUUUUGGCCCCUUAGUAAUUAGAUACUCUUGGAUGUGAUUAAAAAGAAACUCAAGUUCGUAGCGGUGUGGGGAAAUUAAUGUUUGUGUGUGUGAUUGUUUAUGAAUAUAUCGUCCACUGUGGAGGGACACUGUGUGAGAAUCAAAUGUCAAUGCUGCGUGUUUAUUUCCACAGGAUGCUGGCUCUUCCAUCCAUCCUGGCAUCUGUGUAUUUAUAAAAGAAUGUUUGAAAGUGAAAACAAAAUCCUGACCAAAGAAGGUGUUACUCAUUUUUUGGAGCUGUGUGAAACAAGGGUUCUCCCAUUUUCACCAGAAUUUUCUGAGGCUACCGGCCUCAUGACCAGUGUGAAAAAGCAGCUCUUUGGUGUCAGUGUUCUGAGCAGAAGUCAGCAGGGUGAAAACUGGGCCAGAAGCUUGUCGGUGGUCCUGUUCCACGGUCCUGAGUCUCUGAAGUCUUGCUGCCUGUCUAGUGAUGCCGCUCCCCCAGUUCUGAGUAGUUUCCUGUUAAAGUUUAUUCAGAGGAUGACAAGUAGACAUUGGUGUGCUGUCCCCAUUCUGUUUCUGUCUAAGGCUUUGGCAAACAUCCCAAGAUGUAAAGCCCUGGGUAUAGAAGGCCUUCUCGCCCUCAGGGACGUCCUCCAGUGCACCAUGAUCACACAUCAGAUCCUGCUGAGAGGGGCGGCGCAGUGCUAUCUCCUUCAGACGGCCAUGAAUCUGGUAGAUGUGGAGAAAGUGUCGCUUUCGGAUGUCUCAACUUUUCUCAUGUCUGUGAGGCAAGAGGAGUGCUUGGGACGACAAACUUCAUUGUGGACAGAGCUCUGUGAUUGGUUGCGUGUUAAUGAAAGCUGUUUUAGACGAGCCUCAAUUGGUAGUUCUACUGGACUCCACGAGACGUCGACUUUAAAUGCUUACGUCAAGAGCCUCGUCCAAGAGUAUAUCAAGUCACCUGCCUGGGACCGAGGAGAAAAGUGCUGCAUGCCUGACUGGUUUGAAGCGAAGCUUGUUGCUCUGAUGGUCUUGCUGGCCGUAGAUGUGGAAGGAAUGAGGAGUCAAUAUAGUGAAAAGCGGAGAACGCAGAAUGUAUUAAGGAUAUUCUUAGACCCUCUCCUGGAUGCCCUUGUGAAGUUUGGCACAAAUGCCUACAUGCCCUUGCUGAGAACUGACAGAUGCCUGCAGUUGCUGUUGAAGUUACUGCACACUUGCUUGUUGAAAGGUUCCAGUUCCCAAGAUGAUGAGGUGUUUACCCUUCUUCAGAACUUUAUCUUGUCCACCUCAGAGAGCAUUUCUGAAUUUAUUCUCAGAAGACUUACUAUGAAUGAACUAAAUAGUAUUUCAGAUCUGGACCGUUGCCGUUUAUACCUGAUGGUAUUAACUGAGCUCAUAAAUCUCCAUCUGAAGGUUGGCUGGAAAAGAGGUAACCCUAUUUGGAGAGUUAUUUCUCCUUUGAAAAACGCAUCCAUGCUGCAUCUUCAGGAGAUGGACAGUGGACAGGAGCCGACGCUUGGCAGGCAGAUUCAGGGAGUCGUCAGUAUGGCCUCCUUGGCCAUGGUCUGUGAGGCCACUGACCAGAAGCCAGAACUACAGCUGGACUCUCUGGAUGCUGGACCCAUGGGGAGGCUUCUCUGCUCUCUUCCGCUCAAUCAGACUCUGCAGAAGCCCCGCACUGAUGGAGAGAGCAGUUUUUCUGAAGAAUCAUCAUCUUCUCAAGGAUGGGGGAAAAUAGUUGCACAAUAUAUUCAUGAUCGGUGGGUCUGCCUCUCCUUCUUGUUGAAAAAAUAUCACACCCUUAUACCAACCUCAGAGGGUGAAAUUCUGGAACCCAUUCUGCCUGCUGUUCAGAUGCCAGAAAGGACUUUGCAGUCUGCACUGGAAGCCCUCACAAUUCUUCCUUCUGAUCAAGUUUUACCUGUGUUCCAUUGCAUGAAAAUUUUGGUUCCGAAGCUUCUGACCUCCUUUGAAUCACUCUGCAUAGAGUCUUUUGACCUGGCUUGGAAAAUCAUAUCUUCUUUAAGCAACACUCAGCUGAUAUUCUGGUCUAAUUUGAAAGCUUUUGUUCAGUUCGUUUUUGAUACCAAAGUUCUUACCAUUGCUGCAAAAAUCAAGGGCCAAGCAUAUUUCAAAAUAAAAGAGAUUAUGUAUAAGAUAAUUGAAAUGUCUGCUAUAAAAACUGGAGUCUUCAAUAUACUGAUAACUUACUGCUGCAAAUCUUGGAUAGUUUCUGCUUCAAAUGUGUCCCAAGGGUCUUUAUCAAGUGCUAAAAAUUACAGUGAACUUGUCCUCGAGGCGUGUAUAUUUGGAACAGUGUUCCGGCGUGAUCAGAGACUUAUUCAGGACGUACAGACCUUCGUAGAAAAUCUUGGACACAAUUGUGCAGCAAACAUUGUUAUUGAAAAUACUAAAAGAGAGGACCAUUAUGUGAGAAUUUGUGCCAUCAAAUUCCUGUGUUUAUUAGAUGGCUCAAAUAUGUCUCAUAAGUUGUUUAUGGAAGAUCUUGCAAUCAAGCUAUUAGAUAAAGAUGAGUUGGUGUCCAAAUCUAGAACUCGAUACUAUGUGAAUUCUCAGCAACACAGAGUGAAAAACCGGAUAUGGCAGACCCUGCUUGUACUUUUCCCCAGAUUUGACCAGAAUUUCUUGAAUAGAAUUAUCGACAGGAUUUUCCAGGCUGGCUUCGUCAAUAAUCAAGCAUCUAUAAAAUAUUUUAUAGAAUGGAUUAUUAUACUGAUUCUUCAUAAAUUCCCUCAGUUUCUUCUGAAGUUCUGGGACUGUUUUUCUUAUGGGGAAGAAAACCUGAAAACAAGCAUUUGUACGUUUUUAUCAGUUUUGUCACAUUUGGACAUCAUUACUGAAAACAUUCCAGAAAAGAAACUGAUUCUGAAGCAAGCCCUCAUUAUCGUACUGCACUGGUGUUUCAAUCACAAUUUUAGUAUUCGGCUGUAUGCCUUAAUUGCUCUUAAGAAAAUCUGGGGCAUGUGUAAAGCGCUGCACGUUGAAGAACUUGAUGCUUUGACUUCUGUUAUUGAAUCCAGUCUCAAUCAAGUGGAAAACAUGCAGGGAGCAGGGAACGCCAAGAAGAAUUGGCAACGCAUCCAAGAACAUUUCUUUUUUGCAGCAUUUCACCCACUUAAGGAUUACUGUCUGGAGCGCCCAGAAUGCUCUGUUUGACAUCUUUCUGAAGGACCCUUAAUAACUCUCUAGUGCUAAGUCAGCCUUUCCUAGUCAGUUGUCGAUCAGGAGUAAGUCCCUUGCCUUCCCUUGACUUUGACUGCCUCACCCUGAUAGAUUUAUAUACUUUGUUUCCCAUUAAUUAUAUGAACCCUAACCGUGUAGAUAAAAUAAUGGCUUGCAGCAUGUGUAUUACAUUGAUCCCCAUGUAAGGAACAUUUAGCUGCAUUCAUGAUGCCUGCUUAAAUUUGCACAAAUGUUGCUAACAAAAAGAAAACCACGUUCAUUCCAAAAACUGUUGUGAAGACUUGUGCCUUGUUACAAGGUUAUUAUUUCAUUUUUAAAUUGCUUAUUGUACUUCUGCUUCUUACGUGCUUUCCACCUUUGAGGAUGACCUGGAUCUCAGUUUUGGUGGUAGGUAAGAAAAGAAAGGAGGAUUGCUACGGAAUGACUGAGUAACCACUACUCAUGGGGGUGUCAGGCUGGGCGGCUGGCAGAUCACUGUCCUGUGCUGUUUUAACGUGAUCGUGUGCUACUUAACCAGUGAGGAAGUUGAAGCUGAGAAAUUGAGAAAGGUUAAUGGCUUGUCCAGUGUCCACAGCUAAGAUACACUGGAGGCAGAAUUUAGAUUCUCAAUUUCUACGGUAGCAGCGAGAGCAGAGAUUUGGCAUCAUGAGAGCUUGAGCUUGGCUGCUUAUGGACACGUCUGGUUAUCGAUAAGUAGCAUUUAUCCAGGCGUUGUCCGACGUUAGUACUGAUGAAUUCCAAAAUACCUGCUGCUUUUAGCAACAGUGUGGUAUCUGUGACAUACAGUGAGAAAUAGUGCCCUCAAAGAUCUGUUUACUCUCAGGGAUUUCCUAAAUCAAUCCCCUAAUUCUUAGAGAAGAUAAGAAAUACAGAUGGACAGUUGUUACAAGAUACAAAUGAGCGUAUGUAAUUUGAUCAGAGGUGAUAGUUUGGGAGAACACAUCAGUAAUAAUACAUAACUUGUGCUUUAAACAUGUUAUCAUGUAUCUCAUUAUUAGUUUUAAGGGAAGAAAUUUAGAUU